CGGGAGGAGGCGGGGCGGAGCGGGCUUGGGGUGCCGGGAGGCGCGCGGCGCGGCACGGCCGACGUGGGGCUCGCGCUCUCGCGGUCUCUCCCGGGCGGGCACACGGGCACGCGCACUCGCGGGCGCGCGCGCGGACGGCCGGGCGGAGGCAGCGUCUCGCGGAGGCGGUGGCUUCACUUUCCAGGAGUCAGGGGCGGCCGCAGCAGCAGCCGCGGGCAGCAGCCUCGGGAGCCGGAGCUGGAACGGCCGCGGGCAGCGGCGGCGGCGCUGAGGGAUCUAAAAUGUCCACUGAGGCACAAAGAGUUGAUGACAGUCCAAGCACUAGUGGAGGAAGUUCUGAUGGAGACCAGCGUGAAAGUGUUCAGCAAGAACCAGAAAGAGAGCAAGUUCAGCCCAAGAAGAAGGAGGGAAAAAUAUCCAGCAAAACAGCUGCUAAAUUGUCAACUAGUGCUAAAAGAAUUCAGAAGGAACUCGCAGAGAUUACGUUGGACCCUCCUCCCAAUUGUAGUGCUGGACCCAAAGGAGACAACAUUUAUGAAUGGAGGUCAACUAUAUUGGGACCCCCAGGAUCUGUCUAUGAAGGAGGGGUGUUCUUUCUUGACAUUACCUUUUCACCAGACUAUCCGUUUAAACCCCCUAAGGUUACUUUCCGGACAAGAAUCUAUCACUGUAAUAUUAACAGCCAGGGCGUCAUCUGUCUGGACAUCCUAAAGGACAACUGGAGUCCAGCGCUAACCAUUUCUAAAGUUCUCCUCUCCAUCUGCUCACUUCUUACCGAUUGCAACCCUGCUGACCCUCUGGUGGGCAGCAUCGCCACACAGUACAUGACCAACAGAGCAGAGCACGACCGGAUGGCCAGACAGUGGACCAAGCGGUAUGCCACAUAGGGGCCUGCUGGCUGCUGCCCCCGCCGGACCUGUGCAAGCACAUUCACCAAGUGCAUCAAUAGCCCUGCCCACCCCUCCGGACCUCGGUUCUGAUCUUCUUAUUUGUAUUACAUUUUGAACCUUUUUCUGAUGAUGUGUCAUCCAUCCCCCGUCCCUUGUCCCUUCCUCCUCUUCCUCCUCUUCCUCCUCUUCCCUCUCUCUUCCCUCCACCCCUGCCUUCUCAAUUUAUUCCCUUUUUUUGAUUUCUAUUAACUUGAAAGAUUUGGGGUUUUUUUUUCCCACCUCAACAUGGAUGGGAACUUUUGUUUUCAGUGCAAACAAUGUCGGAUCUGUAAUAGUAAGAGCUUCCUUACAAAGCUUCGUAUUACUGUGUGGUUUUGUUUUUUGUUGGUGUUUGUUUUAUUUUGGUUUUUUUCCUUUUAUGUGAUCUUUGGGAAAACACGAAUUCAGAAUUAUAUCUCAUUUCUACUUAAAUGUAGUGCUUAGGAUUAAUUUUUUGUACUGAAGUCUUUAUUGGUGGGUGCAUGCUACUGGGAACAAGUUUUUUGUACAAAAGCUUCAAUCAGAAUCACUGUGCAUUACUGAGACUCUGUUUAUCACUAGCCUUCUGUCUCCCACACAGAAGACUGUUGGAUUGAACAAAAUAAUAUGUAUUUUGAUUUACUUAAAGUGCUUGUAAAUUUCUUAGGGACCUGCCACUUUUGACUGUGGAUCAGUUGAUGUACACUUGUAUUAUUAAAGCACUCAAUAAAUCACUGUGGCUGAUAAAUGCACUUCUGGUAACCCAGCGUUUGCUUUGUAUCCUGGUGACCAGCAUAGCCCUACAAGCAGCGAGGCUUGUCUAAUUCAAUUACAGAUCCAAGUGUAUUUUUCAUCUCAGACCUCUAAUAUUUCUUUGUAGCUAAGUUGCUUACCAUGUGGAAUUUCUCCAGCUGUCAAUAACCUGAUGAUUUUAUGGUUGUUUCAGGUCACUGUCACUUUACAUAUUGGCCACACAUUACUUUGUCGUAGACCUCCUUUCUGUUACAACCUUCUUUACUUGACAAUUAAAAUACGGGACUCCAAAAACAGCCUUCUAGGGGCACCUGGGUGGCACAGUCGGUUAAGCGUCCGACUUCAGCUCAGGUCACUGAUCUCACGGUCCGUGAGUUCGAGCCCCGCAUCCGGCUCUGGGCUGAUGGCUCAGAGCCUGGAGCCUGCUUCUGAUUCUGUGUCUCCCUCUCUCUCUGCCCCUCCCCUGUUCAUGCUCUGUCUCUCUCUGUCUCAAAAUUAAUAAACGUUAAAAAAAAAUUUAAAAAAAAAAAAAAAAAACAGCCUUCUAGUGGAAGUCAAGUCAGACUGAUCAUUGUGUUUAACCACUGUUGAAUUUAUUUCUCUCCCUUUUUCCUCUGAAGAUUGUUGUCGUGAUUACCCUUGAGUUUGGGUUUUGUUUUUUUUCUAUAGUUAUGGUGGGAGAAGUAAACUGUGUCAGUCAUGGUCAACGCAUUCACUGACAAGGGUAUGUAUAUCUGGCUUUAACCUUCAGACUAUUUUAGGUAUGUUUUGUUUUCUCCCAUAAUUUUAGUGGAAGAAAUAAACUCAACUGUAUCAUUCAUGGUCAAUACAUUUGUGACAAGGGUAUGUCUGUCUCGCUUUGACCUUCAGACUAUUUUAGGUAUGCAGCUAUAGAGGCAGAAGAAACUUGUGUGUGGUGCAGUUUGAAAAACAUACCGAUGGGGCGCCUGGGUGGCUCAGUCGGUUAAGCAUCUGACUUUGGCUCGGGUCAUGAUCUCACAGUUUGUGAGUCCGAGCUCUGCACUGGGUGAGCCCGUGCCCCGUGUUCAAUGAGCACAAGCCCCACUUGGGAUGAGACCCACUUCGAUCUCUCUCUCUCUCUCUCUCUCUC